UGUCCAAGCUGAGAAGAUAAUGAGAGCAUCUCCGGCACUCUCAGUCUCCUUAACUAUUCCACUUCCUCUUGCUUCAACCAGAACUCGUUUCUUCACGGAAACUCUUCGAUUGAAACAACAUGUCUCAGAUACUCAGACCUUCUCACGACCAGUACCUCUCGUCUCGAAGCAACCACCAAGCAUACGAUGGACCUUCUCCUGCAAAUGCCGAAACAUAGGAAGAAACAGUCACGCGAAAUUCGACGAUGAAGGAGAAGACUUCAUCGUGGUGAACUUCUAUCGCUUUGUAUCAAUCCAAGAUCCAUCCGCUGAGAUUGCAAAGCACCUCUCUUUCUUACAGGAUUUGAAUAUACGUGGUCGGAUAUAUCUCAAUGAACAAGGAAUCAACGCACAGUACAGUGGACCAUCUAAAGACGCUCUUGCAUAUGUUGAGUGGUUGAAAGAAGAUGAGAGAUUCUCGGAUAUACUUGUUCAGAUGUCUCCUGCUAUCGGUAGGCAUGCUUUCCCUAAGUUGAAGCUACAGAACAAACCUUCCUUAGUGCAGUAUGAGGGAGGCAUUUCGCACCUUCCUCUACUUGAUCCACCGAUGCGAGCAAAACCCUUAGAACCGUCUGAAUGGAAAGAGAAACUGAAAGAAUUAACCGAUGACGACGGUGAAGCAUCACCUUCAGAUUGUGGCAGAAGCUGCAUAUUAUUGGAUGUCAGAAACGGUUAUGAGUGGGAUGUUGGUCAUUUUCGUGGGGCACGUAGACCUGAAGUUGAUUGCUUUCGGAACACUUCUUUUGGGCUUUCUGAUGAAAAGGAAGCUCCUUCAGACCCUUUGAUAAAUGUUGACAAGGAAAACACAGAUAUACUGAUGUACUGCACUGGAGGUAUACGUUGCGAUGUAUAUUCAACAGUUCUGAGACAGCGGGGUUUCAAGAAUCUGUAUACACUGAAGGGUGGAGUUUCCCAUUAUCUUGAGGAAGAAGGCACAUCUGAAUGGGUUGGGAAUCUUUUUGUGUUUGACUCUCGUCUCUCUCUCCCACCAGCUGCCUACAGUAACAGCACCGUGGAUGAAGAAUCCAGAAUAACUCCACAAACCCCUGUGGAUACAAGUUUUGCAAGAUGCUAUAUUUGCGAUUCACAAGUUGAGGAACUAAGACAUCGGAACUGUGCAAACCUCGAUUGCAAUCUGCUUUUCUUAUGCUGUGCAGAAUGUGUGGUCGACUUGAAGGGAUGUUGUUGUUCAGACUGCAUUACUGCUCCCAGACUUAGACCUGUCCUGCAUGGAGUAAAGAGAUAUGAAAAAUGGCAUGUAUAUCGGGAUUCAUAAGUGCAAUAUACACCCAUUGGUAUCACGUAGAGAGAAUUUUGGAGGCUGGUUAUGCAGGGUACUCAUGCCUUGUCAAUUUAAAUUUAUGUUUACUGCAUCUCCAUGUGAUACUCACGGUCGCCUAUUCUACAAUGUGCAAGUGAUCAGAUGUGAAACACAACAAAUGCAGAAGAUUGCUGAAGCAGAAGCUAAUUAAUGCAGGAAGAAGUAAUAGUCCAUUUUUAGGUUCUUUGGGUGUUUGAAACUUGUUAGAGCUCAAAUUUUCAUGUGAAAAUGUACAAACAAAGCUUGUAAUCAUUGGUACAAUGCAAACUGUGAUGCAAUUACUAGAAUAAAAGUGGUAGUGAUUAUU